UAUCACCAUUACAUAUUGACUAUGAACUAUCACCAAUACAUAUUGACUAUGAACUAUCACCAAUACACAUUGUCUGUCAUCUAUCACCAAUACAUAUUGUCUAUCAACUAUCACCAUUACAUAUUGACUAUGAACUAUCACCAAUACAUAUUGACUAUGAACUAUCACCAUUACAUAUUGACUAUCAACUAUCACCAUUACAUAUUGACUAUGAACUAUCACCAAUACAUAUUGACUAUGAACUAUCACCAUUACAUAUUGACUAUCAACUAUCACCAUUACAUAUUGACUAUGAACUAUCACCAAUACAUAUUGACUAUCAACUAUCACCAUUACAUAUUGACUAUGAACUAUCACCAAUACAUAUUGACUAUCAACUAUUACCAAUACAUAUUGACUAUGAACUAUCACCAAUACAUAUUGACUAUGAACUAUCACCAAUACACAUUGUCUGUCAUCUAUCACCAAUACAUAUUGUCUAUCAACUAUCACCAUUACAUAUUGACUAUGAACUAUCACCAAUACAUAUUGACUAUGAACUAUCACCAAUAC